AUGCUGGCGGUGAAAAAUUUCUUCCUCCCCGAACGGAAGGCUCCACCGGAAACGCCAAAGUUCAGCCGCAUGCCGGAAGCAUUCCUGCGCUCCAUCCGGCGCCGCUCGUUGCGCAUCAAGCGCCCGAAAACCGUCAUCGUGGAGCGGGAAAAGCGAAAAUCGGAUUCAUUCGUUAACAGCCAGGAAUGGACGAUUUCUCGAUCCGUGCCGGACAUCCGGCUCGGCAUCGUCGGCAGUCUAAGCUCGGGAAAGUCGGCCCUAGUGCACCGCUAUCUGACCGGCACGUACAUGCAGGAGGAAUCGCCCGAGGGUGGCCGCUUCAAGAAGGAAAUUCAGAUCGACAAUCAAAGCUACCUGCUGCUGAUACGAGACGAAGGAGGUCCACCGGAGAUUCAGUUCGCCGCCUGGGUCGAUGCCGUAAUCUUCGUCUUCAGCCUCGACAACGAAUCCAGCUUUAAUGCGAUCUACACCUACUACAACCGAAUUGCGCACCACCGAAACACGGCCGAGAUCCCGUUCAUCCUCGUCGGUACGCAAGAUGGCAUUUGCGAACGAGCACCACGCGUGAUUGAUGAUGCCCGGGCUCGCAAGUUGGCGCAAGAUCUGAAACGGUGCACCUAUUACGAAACCUGCGCCACCUAUGGUCUAAACGUGGAACGAGUGUUUCAGGACGCCUGCCAGAAGAUCGUCCAGCAGCGCCUUUCGACCGGAUCCACGAUAACACCGACCAACUCGCGGCCAACGACGCCACAAGGUACACGGCUCGGUGUGGCCAGCUUUCACCCGUCAGUUCCUAGCCCGACGAAUGGGUUCUCAAACAGCGGAACCGGCACUGUUCCCGGUUCGGUCGGAUUAACCCUGGGUAGUUCCUCGCCGAGUCAUCAGCACCAGCAGCAGCCGAACCAUCAGACUGGAAGCGGCACAAUGACGCUGCCUCAUCGGCAUCACGUUCUGUCUGCCUCGAGCCAUCACAUUCCGAUCAAGAUCAGCCAGGAGUUGAUCAACGCCGAGUCGCACCACCACAGUGUCACCGGGGCCGGAGUGAACGGAAGUGGAACCAGUGCCCAGAAGUGGGGUACCAUUUCGCACGGCACCUCCCAACAGACCCUGCUGGCGCUUACGAACGAGAACAACAACAUCGCCAAGUUUGUGCCACCAUCGCAUCCGGUUUCCGCCGGGCAUACGGAUAACCUCCAGCCACUCGGACUGUCGGCAAUGUCCUCGAAGGACAGUGGUGGUAGUGGCAGUGGAGGAGGGAAAGAGAGUAAGGACGGCAAGGAGCUGCCAACACCGACGUCGACUCCGACGACUUCACGCAAGAGCCGCCGAAGAUCGAACCUCUUCAUCCCGUCGUCCUCGAAGAAGGAGCAACAGCAGCAGGAGAAGAUCAAGAACGGCGAGCUCGGUUCCGGUCGGGCCAUCCCGAUCAAGCAGGGUUACCUGUACAAGCGCAGCAGCAAGUCCCUGAACAAGGACUGGAAAAAGAAGUACGUGACGUUGUGCGAUGAUGGCCGGCUCACGUAUCAUCCCUCUCUGCACGACUACAUGGAGGAUGUGCACGGGAAGGAGGUGUCCUUGCAGUACGUCACGGUGAAAGUGCCGGGUCAGAAGCCUCGUGGCACGAAAUCCAUCAUCACGAACAGUGCACUAACGGCGGCGGCCGCUGCAGCCUCCCAGGCCACUUCCAACGGAACACACGGUGCCAAUGGGCAAGCGAGCAGUAACGGGCUAACGGAGGGCAUCGGUGGACUUUCGCUGGCGAAGGACCGCAAGUGCACGGAGAAGGUGUUGCUGACGGCGUUUGACACGUUGCGUGAGCCGGUCAAAUCGAACUCGCAGACGAGCGGUGACGAGGGGAUCGUGAUCAGUAGCAGCACUUCGCAGAGUUUCCCCGGAAGUGACAGCAACAAUGUCGGGGCCAGUGGAGGCGGAAGCAAGAUCGAUGCACAGACACCGAACGUGAAGAAGCGCCACCGACGCAUGAAGAGCAGUGGUGUGGGGAAAAACAGCGAAUACGAUGAUUCCGACGCGUACGAGUUUUACAUCGUCUCAUUGGAUAACAAGCAGUGGCACUUUGAGGCGUCCAAUUCGGAGGAACGCGACGAAUGGGUGUCGGUGAUAGAGCAGGAGAUCUUCAAGAGUCUGCAGGGCAUCGAGUCAUCCAAGUCGAAGCCCCUGAACCCAAGCGAUAUCGCCUCUAUGCAGUCGAUUCGUAGCAGGGUACCCGGCAACGGCUAUUGCGUGGACUGUGACUCGCCAAAUCCCGAAUGGGCUAGCUUGAAUCUGGGCGUGCUGAUGUGCAUCGAAUGUUCCGGCGUCCACCGAAAUCUGGGUUCGCACAUCAGCAAAGUGCGCUCGCUCGGAUUAGACGAGUGGCCUCCCGGUCAUCUGAGUGUUAUGUUGGCGAUUGGCAACAGCUUAGCGAACUCGGUGUGGGAAGCGAACACGCGCGGUCGUCUGAAACCAACUCCAGCUAGCUCGCGAGAGGAGAAAGAAGCGUGGAUCCGGAGCAAGUACGAAGGCAAGGAGUUCCUGCCACACUUCAACCCAUCACCCCCGAUCGGACAGCAGCUUUGUGAGUCCGUGGUGCGUUCGGACAUGAAAUCCAUCAUCAUACUGCUGGCGAACGCGACCAACGAGCACAUCAACUCGACCGCAAGCAAUCGGGACCUCCGGACGCCGCUACUGCUGGCAUGUGCGAUAGGAAAUCUCGCCAUUUCCCAGCUGCUGAUAUGGCAUCACGCUAACCUGAAGCACGUCGACAAUGAUGGCCGGUCGUGUUUGACCUUCGCCAAGGCAGCCAAUUCGCUGGCCGCAGCCAAACAGGCGACCAACUCGCCACAUCAUGUGAACGUCGAGACAACGUCGGCAUUGGUGGAACUGCUGACGAGCCUGGGCUGUACCGAUCCGGCACCAUUCUCCGCCAGUGGUACGUUGCCCCGCCGGAGGGAAACCAUCGAUCAGGCGACGUUCGAGAAGUUUUCCUCGAGUGUGAUCUAG